AUCAAGACCAGCGUGGUCAAGCAGUGUUGUGUUUGGUAUAGUUUUCGCGUAAACUGUGCUGGCGUCGACCAUCUAGGAUGAGGUCGUUAGCGCUUUUGUUACUAUUUGGCUGCCUGUGCGCCACGCUCGUUCUAGCCGACGAACCGGUUGCGGUGCGCGAGAAGCGCAGCCCGGCUCCGUUCUUUUUCAACAAGGGACACGAUGACCACCAUCACGAGCCCAAGUGCGUCUGGGAGAAGAAGCUGGCCUGGAAGGAGGACUGGAAGAAGGUCUGGGAAACGAAGAAGAUCGAGGUGUGGAAGACCGAGUGGAAAAAGCAGCAGAUCCCCGUCUGGAAGAAGGUCGAGGUGCCGAUCUGGCGCGAGGUGAAGGUCCCCGACUGGAAGAUCGUCAAGAAGCCGUACUGGAAGGAAACCGAGAUCCCCGCCUGGAAGGAGGUGCAGGUGCCCGACUGGAAGAAGGUCACCAAGCCCAUCUGGAAGGAGGUGCAGGUGCCGGUCUGGAAGGAAGUGCAGGUACCCGAGUGGAAGCAGAUCUGGGUGCCGGACACCGUGAAGGUGGGCAUUCCCGGCGAGAAGUUCCUCGGCAAGGACGAACACGGCUGGGAGUACACGAGCCACGAUCUGUGGAAGAAGAAGAUGGUCUGGAAGCCACUAUGGAAGAAGGUGUGGAAGACAGAGAAAAAGGAAGAAUGGAAGACCGAAAAGAAGCUGGAAUGGAAGGACGAGUGGGUCCAGACCUGGAAGACUGAGAAGCAGCAGAUCUGGGUGAAGAAGAAGGAGGAAGCGUGGAAGGAGGAGAAGGUCGAAAUCUGGCGCGUGGAGAAGAAACAGGAGUGGGCUACCGAGAAGAAGCUGGAGUGGAAGGAAGACUGGAAAGAAAUCAAGGUCCCAGCCUGGAAGGAAAUCCAGGUCCCGGCGUGGAAGAAGGUGUGGAAGCCAGUUUGGGAAAAGGCCUGCGUCCCAGUCAGCCACGGGUGGCAUUAGUCUCUCAUUUGUACCAUAGUGAUUUAGGUUGUAAAAAAUUUAAUUAGUUUUUUCGUAUCUCGUAACCAGCUGUAAGGCUUUCCCUCUCCAUUUACUCCUUCGACUAACUAAUCUUAGCGACCUAAUCUACCUUACCGUACCUUACCACCCCGAGUGUGUGAUGUGUGAUUCUCAACCUUAAAACGUCGAGUUACGCAACCUGCACGCACGUACUCCGGUGGUGCUUCUUACUCUUCUUAUCUGUCAGUGUAAUUUUCCCCUUCAUAUUACAUCCAAAGAAACAGAGAAAAAGAGCGAAGAAGAAGAAGCAGUUCGCGAGAAAGAGAAUGAACGAUUCGGAGCGCAUUUUCCUUCAAAAGUUACUUCCACUGCGUCGGAAGACGGGCGCGCGCUCGCUCGCGUAUCGCGGUAUGUAAAUACGUCCGACUCAAUUAGUCUAUUAUCUCACAGCCACUUCCCAUGUCAAA